AUGGCUUCAACGUUGGCGACGUCUCUCUCUCCUCCGCCGGUACCUAUGGAACUCCAAGUAUCCAAUCGUCAAAAGCUGCUCAAUUCUAUUCGCCAACACCUUUCCGACGCAUCUCGCCCCCAUCACGACUUCGUUCUCCUCCAGGGAGGUGAAGAGAAAACGCGCUAUUGCACUGAUCACCUCGAGCUCUUCAGGUUACCUGCUGAUUAUGCUGUUUGGAUGGGAGAAAUAAAGCCAGUUUCCUACUUUCAGGAAAGGUACAUGGUUAGCAUGGUAAACUACACUGAUGAGAUUGCUCAGGUCUUGGUUGACCAAUACAAGGGUUCUGGAAAACCUUUAUUGUUCCUCUUACAUGGGGUUAACACCGAUAGCAAUAAUUUCUCAAAACCUACAGAGUUUGAGGGAAUAGAAAAAUUUGAGACAGAUUUAACAACUCUGCUUCCUAUAUUGACCGAGUGUCGAGUUUGCAAGUCAGACUUGGAGCUUGCUCUUAUCCAAUUUGCCAACGAUAUAAGUUCUGAAGCUCAUGUUGAGGUUAUGAGAAAAACCAAAUUAGGCAUGAAAGAGCAUCAACUGGAAAGCAUGUUUCUUCGUCAUACCUAUAUGUACGGAAACGGUAGGCACUGUUCAUAUACAUGUAUUUGUGCUACUGGUGAAAACAAUUCUGCUCUACAUUAUGGACAUGAUGCUGCUCCUAAUGACAGGAUCUUAGAAGAUGGAGAUAUGGCCAUGCAUUUGAGGUAG